UUUAUUGCUUCCGGAGUUAUAUGUAUUACAAAAUGUUUCUGAGCUAAUGAGUUAACGCUGUUACCAACACGGCCAGCAAGACAGCAUUUCAGAUCGUAUCAUUUUCUGGCGUUCAUUCAUUUGCAGCGUGACUCAGUGGUCUCACUUUAAUGUGGUGGUUAUAGUGCUCACUGAUUCAUUCCAAAAUGACUGAUUCUAGUGACCUAGACAGGCAAAUUGAGCAGCUGAGGAAGUGUGAGGUCAUCAAAGAAAGUGAAGUGAAAUCCCUCUGUGCGAAAGCACGCGAAAUCCUCGUAGAAGAAAGCAACGUGCAGAGAGUCGACUCUCCAGUCACAGUUUGUGGAGACAUACAUGGCCAAUUCUAUGACUUAAAAGAACUUUUUAAAGUUGGGGGUGAUGUCCCAGAUACAAACUACCUAUUUCUUGGUGAUUUUGUCGACAGAGGAUUCUACAGUGUUGAAACCUUCCUACUUCUACUUGCACUUAAGGUGAGGUAUCCGGACAGAAUAACGUUAAUUCGGGGUAACCACGAGAGCAGGCAGAUCACACAGGUGUAUGGGUUUUACGACGAGUGUUUACGCAAGUAUGGAUCGAUCACCGUGUGGCGUUACUGUACAGAAAUCUUCGACUAUCUCAGUUUGUCGGCCAUCAUCGAUGGCCAGAUAUUCUGUGUGCACGGAGGACUGUCUCCAUCUAUUCAAACACUCGACCAAAUCCGAACAAUAGACCGGAAACAAGAGGUACCUCAUGAUGGCCCAAUGUGUGACUUGCUCUGGUCAGAUCCAGAAGACAUGCAGGGCUGGGGCGUGAGCCCGCGCGGCGCCGGAUACCUGUUUGGCAGCGACGUCGUCGCGCAGUUCAACGCCGUCAACGACAUUGACAUGAUCUGCCGGGCGCACCAGCUUGUCAUGGAGGGCUACAAGUGGCACUUCAACGAGACAGUGCUCACGGUCUGGUCGGCACCGAACUACUGCUACAGGUGCGGUAACGUGGCAGCAAUACUGGAGCUAGACGAACACCUACAGAGAGACUUCACUAUAUUCGAGGCGGCACCGCAGGAGCGACGAGGCAUACCUAGCAAAAAGCCACAGCCAGACUACUUCCUCUGAGAGCAGCUGUGUGUGCUGUAGUCAGAGACUGACUGGGGUGUGAAAGCUACCGAGCUGCUAUUUCUUGGCACUGUGACACGUAGUGUCACUUUUGUGUCUCCCUGAUAGACCUGUACCAUUCAACUGCAUCAACAACAGCAACAGAUUGAGAACCAAAGAUUCGGCACGAAAAAAACGUUUUUUUUCUGAUCGUUUCCUUUGACAGGUCCUCAGGGUUUUGCCUUCCCAAGACAUUGGAGUCACUGUACGCAUUACCAGUAGCUUGUUCUUCAUCAUUUUUCGUAGAUCGUAGAGGUGCUAUUCAGGGUGAGAGUGGGUUAUGUGGCAGAGAAAGUGCCGUGGUCUUUGCUGACAUCCCUGUUUCCCUGUUUCACCCUACUCAAGUAGGCAAGUAAUACAUAAAGUGUGAAUAACUGAAUGACUGCUGGACCCUUACUAUUCCAGUUCACUUAAGUAAUGAUGACUCUCCAGUGCUAAGGACUGCAGUUUGAUGACACAUCGUGCUAGUUUUCCCAGAACAUUUCCUAUAGAACAAGUGUACGUAAAAUGUAUGUUAACACGCGAACCUAUAUUGCGCGUCGUUGCCUCUAUCAGAGGUCUUGUAAUACGUGAAUAUAAUAUGCAUAUGGAGUGUGUCAUGAAAUCCUACAAUGUUUCUGUGGAGUCGUGGAUAAAUGCGGCACGAUGAUCGUGACAAUUACAUGAUCGUGGUGGGGUAUGCUUGCUUGCUGAAGUCUCGCCUGCGGCAAGUCCUAAAUGUUCUGCUGUUCUUGCAGAGGUAGUAUAAUUUCACUGUGGCCGCGCGAUGCCUUUUAAGCCACGACAGGAACACGCUGCUCAAACAGUUAGCACAGAAACUGGAGGCAUUUUAAAAGUCAUAAACGCACCCGUGAGCCUUUUUAAACGUCCUUUUUUAUUCUGACCACAAAUGUUUCACUGCCUUAACCUUGUGUUAUUUCUAACCCUAUCACUCCUCAAUUUUGUUGAACGUCGUGAAUUUUGAUAGCAAGCGAAAAUCAUUCAUACCUGCACGCGUGCGUGUAAGUAACUCUUUGUUUUUAUGUCCUGUUUGUUCUCGUGCCGUCAGUCCACAAUACGGUAUCGAUAAAUUCUUUGUAUCGUACGGUCGUACCGUAACAUACUGUUAUACGUUCUGUGUGGCUGCUAACUUGGCUAAACUGGCACACGUGAUGAAACUGUAUAUAUGGCUAUGGGUGUAACCUACCAGGGACCUUCUUUCUCGCAUGCCCGAAGCUGUGGCAUGCAACUUUUGUGGAGUAUUCGUGUGAAAACCUUGUGCGCUUGAAUUCACUCUGGAGAUGACCAGACAUAUAUAAGGGCACUUUUUAAACUCAUACGUGCUUUUAACAUUGACAUUUCGAUGACAGUUUACUAUCACCGCAAUACAAAUCCACGCAACAUUUAAUCGAUUUGCAGUUGAAAAUAGUAAAGAGCAACUCGUUUGUACGCGCAUACGGCCAUGGCCCAUGUCGCCCUUCAACUACAGAACUAAAAGGAUAGAUGUAUAUUAUUCUUAUGUACUACCCCCCUCCAGAUUCUAGCGAUCGAUUGAGUUGUAACUGUAUAUUGCCACAGCAAUGUCUCCACAUGGUUAUUAGUAUGCGAUAUGACUGGAUUAGACCAGAAUAUGUGUAUUGCCAAGAGUGGAGAUAGCUAUGUGUUUGUUUAUAUUAAAUAAAGCAUUGAUAAGUAUACUGCAAA